AUGAACGGAGAGUCACAUGAACGCCGCGAUGAGCGGAUUCAAGAGCUAUGGCGCAACCUUGACACUCGAAACGAGGGCCAGCUGGACCUGUUGGCCCUCAAGAAAGGCCUGCGCAAAAUCGACCACCCUCUGAAAAAUGCCGAUGCUUUGCUCAACGAUGUCCUCAGAGCGGUCGAUACGUCGGGAGAUGGACGCAUACAAUACAAUGAGUUCAGGGUGUUUGUGGAACAUGCCGAGCGUGAACUCUGGCAACUCUUCGAAAGUAUAGACAGAGACCACAGUGGCGCGCUGGACAAGGCAGAGCUUCGUGCCGCAUUCAGCAGAGCGGGCCUGACCAUAAGCAAUGCAAAGCUCGAUCAGUUCUUUGACGAGGUGGAUGUCAACCAUGACGGACAAAUUUCCUUUGAAGAAUGGAGAAAUUUUCUGCUCUUCCUACCUGCGAGUGCACCCACUCUCGGAUCCCUUAUAUCAUACUAUUCAGCAACAGCAAACGUCAACCAAGAGGGCGAUGUCCACAUCAAUGAUACCCUUCAAGGAUUUGAAAUCCUCAUCCCAUUAGGCUAUUUCAUAGCAGGUGGCUUAGCAGGCAUGAUCUCCCGGACAGCCACAGCACCGCUCGACCGACUCAAGGUCUACCUAAUUGCACAGACGAAUCCCAAACAGGCGGCGGUAGAAGCGGCCAAAAAGGGGGCACCUCUCGAGGUGGUCAAAAACUUUGCCCGGCCGCUGGUCGACGCAUGUAAGGAUCUGUGGCGAGCCGGGGGCAUGCGCAGCCUGUUCGCGGGGAACGGACUCAAUGUCGUCAAGGUCAUGCCGGAGUCAGCGAUCAAGUUUGGUGCAUACGAGGCCGCGAAAAAAAUGUUCGCCGAGCUUGAAGGUUCGGAUCCGAAGCACCUGUACCCAACCUCUCAAUUCCUCGCAGGCGGCAUCGGUGGAGCAGUUGCUCAAUGCGUGGUUUACCCUCUUGAUACUCUGAAAUUCCGCAUGCAAUGCGAAACGGUUGAGGGUGGCUUACAUGGAAAUGCCUUGAUCGCUCAAACGGCACGGAAAAUGUGGAAACAGGGCGGACUCAGGCCAUAUUAUCGCGGACUGGGGAUGGGUCUGGCUGGCAUGUUCCCUUACAGCGCCAUCGACCUAUUCAUCUUCGAAAACUGCAAACAUUUUGUCCUGGCACGGAAAGCCAAGAGAAAUCGCUGCCACGAGGAGGAUGUCGACAUGAGCAACCUUCUUACAGGCGUCAUUGGAGCGACUUCAGGGGCGAUCAGCGCGACGGCGGUUUACCCCAUCAAUCUCUUAAGAACAAGAUUACAAGCCCAAGGCACAGUAUUGCACCCACCCACCUACAAAGGCAUUGUCGACGUCACGAUCAGAACGAUUCAGAGAGAAGGGACGAAAGGAUUGUUCAAGGGAGUGACCCCGAACCUGUUGAAGGUGGCGCCGGCAGUCAGCAUCAGUUAUAUUGUUUACGAGAACAGUAAGCAGUUGAUGGGCCUCCGUUGA